GGAGCGGUUUUGUGGGGACACACGCUAAACCGAAGCUCAGGCACACAGAAUUGGGUGCUUUAUAGUAGAUGGAGGGAACGAAAUCGUACCCCAGGGCUCCUCCGUCCUCGUGGAGUUAGCUGGUUCUUCAAAAGCCCCAGGCAGAAAAGGGAGGCGUUGUGUAAGCGAAAGGUCUUGGGGUUCCGGGUCCCUACUUCUACACCUCCUGUCAAAGUAUGACUCAGUUCACCUAUCUGUAAAAGUGGACGAUUAACCCCGCCUCGUGGAUGGGGAAACCGUUACGCGGCAUGCCGCGUGCUUCUGGCCGAAACCGCCGACCCCACCUCGACCUGGGAGCGUCUUUCUCCACUGCCGACCGUUUUCUGGAGCGUAGUCUUCGUUCCUUUCUCAAUUUGGGAAUUUACAACGGACCCUGGGCCACUAGUCCCACACCCGCCCACCUCAGCUGGGGGCGUGCCCGGAAGUGCUCCUACGGGAACCGGUGGGGCCCAGCGCGGCCGCACAUGAUGGCAACUAGGGCUCCGCGGCGCUUCUGCCGCUGCUCCUGCUUUUGCUCCGAGAACUUGUACGUGGCGCGCUACCGGUUGCAUGUGCGCUUCCGGGACGAGAAGCAGCUGCGCCGGGACUAUGGCCCGAUCCUGCGCAGCCGAGGCUGUGUCAGCCCCAACGACUUCCAGCAGCUGUUAGAGGAGCUUGAGCAGGAGGUGGAGCGGCGGCAGCGGAUGGGACAGGAGUCAGCAGCCAGGAAAGCCCUCAUUGCGAGGUCCUACCACCCAGCAAGGCCGGACAUCUACAACUCACUGCAGAAUGUGGCUCUGACCCCUGAAUUUCUGGCUGCAGUUGAGUACAGCACAUCACCAGGUGCAGAUCUCGAGGGGCUUCUCCAGCAGCUGGAGACAGUGUCAGAGGAGAAGCGAAUCUACCGGCUGCCAGUGUUCACAAUGCCCUUCUGCCAAGCCCUGCUGGAGGAGCUGGAGCACUUCGAACAGUCAGACAUGCCCAAGGGAAGACCCAACACCAUGAACAACUAUGGGGUGCUACUACACGAGGUAGGCCUGGACGAGCCUCUGGUGACACCACUUCGGGAGCGCUUCCUGCAGCCACUGAUGGCCCUGCUGUACCCAGACUGUGGUGGGGGCUGGCUUGACAGCCACCGAGCCUUCGUGGUCAAAUAUGCACCUGGCCAGGACCGCGAGCUGGGCUGCCACUAUGAUAACGCUGAGCUUACCCUCAACGUGGCCCUGGGCAAGGCCUUCACAGGGGGUGCCCUAUACUUUGGGGGCCUCUUCCAGGUUAGUGGGUGUGAUCCAUGGGCAGGGGCUGGGGCAGCCAGAGUGCCCAGGCCUGAGUCCCACUGUCUGCAGGCACCUUCAGCCCUGGCGAAGCCCCUGGAGGUGGAGCACAUGGUGGGCCAGGGUGUCCUGCACCGGGGUGGCCAGCUGCAUGGGGCCCGGUCCCUGGGCACUGGUGAGCGCUGGAACCUUGUCAUCUGGCUCCGGGCCUCUGCUGUGCGCAAUCGUCUCUGCCCUAUGUGCUGCCGCAAGCCCGACCUGGUAGACGACGAGGGCUUUGGUGAUGGCUUCACCCGUGAGGAGCCCACCGUGGUGGAUGUGUGUGCACUAACUUAAGCCUGGCUGGGCCCAGUGUGGGGAUGACACAGCAGGCAAGGGCUCUGCCACCUUGGGUUGGUGGGGCAGAAAUAAACUCCCAGCAGCUCUUAGCACUUCUUGGUUCAAAAGGACACACAGGCUUCUGGGUCAUUCUUUCAGUGUAGGAGCUCAGGUCAGGUCUGUUAGAAGCAGAGCCUGAGAUGGGGAUUCCUGUCCAAGUGGUUCAUGGAGGGAAUACCUUAGAGAAGAGGGUAGGAAGGAGCUGGGCCAAGAUGUUUCAAAGGGCAGCUGGCCUCAGUCUGAUCCCACAGGGAGUUGGAGUAUGAAUCUACUAGGGUUUGUCCCCAGCAUCAGUUAUUGCCUACAGAGUACAUGGAAGUGGGGGGUGGGGAUGAGUAUCUUCCCAGACAUUCAUCAUCAGGGCAAGGUGGCUGGCUCCCAGUGGCUGAGGGACUCAUCCAGAAAAGAGUACAGGUGUGAGCUCUUAGCAGUAGACACCAUAACUUGGGUAAGCACACCUGUCUAUAAUAGUACCUUCUAGUUGGUGUUGAGGGCUUACUGUAGAGGGGUUAAGAGCAGGGACUCUGAAGCCAGACUGCCUGGGUUCAACUUCCGAUUCUGCCAUUUCCAGCUGUGUGACUGUGAGUAAGCCUCUCGACCUCUCUGUGCCUUAGGCUCUCCAUCUGGAAGAUACCCAUCUCUUAAAGCUGUCGUGAGAAGCAAAUUAAGUUUAUAAAGUGCUUUUAACAGCC